AUGCAGCACAAUAAGGACUUCAUCCUCUUCGACGAGCCAGGCCCCAGCCUGCCGCCGAGCCAGGGCUCCAUGGCAUCGGCGACGCAAGCUGCCGCCAUGGGACCCGCCACCAACGGCGGUUUCAGCCAGGGCCCGUUUCCUUCCGCAUCCCAGACCGGCUCUCAGUACGCCAUGCCCGUCGACAUUGCCCCCUCGUCCUCCUUCACCCAGCAUCGAUCGCCUCAUCCGAGCCAGUCGCCGCUGCUCGACGACCCGUCCGCAGCAACGGCGAUGAUGGGCACGCUCGACAUGGCCGGCAGCCCGCAAAAGAAGCGUCAGCGCAGCCACGGCUACUCGGCAUCGUGGCACGGCAUCGAUGCAAAUCAGAUGCUCGCACUGCGGCAGGCUCACCAGCAGCAGCAGCAACAGCAACAGCAACAGCAGCAGCAGCAGACGGGCCUGGCAGAUAGCACCGCGACACCGCAGCAGCCCACCAAGGACCCACCCAGCGGCACUCUGGGAGCACCGAUGCACGAGCUCUCCCUCGGCGAAUCCAUACCAAACCAGGCGCUCGACAAUCAAGAGGCCCUCAACGCCGCCUAUGCCAACUUUGGAUCGCCCGGCAGCAACGGCAUGACCCACGAGCAGCAGGAGAGGGUCAAGGCCCAGAUCCGCGCCGAGCUGGCAGGCGUCGACUCGCGCGCCUUCAAGGGCCCGCUCCGCGACAUUAUGCAGCAGCGCAACUACGGCUCGCAAAGCAACAGCCAGAUCAGCCCCAUGUCGGCCUCUUCAGACCCCAUGCAGGCCGGCGUCGCGCCCUCGUUUAGCCUCUUUCCGGACUACGACAUCGGGCAGACGCAUGGCAGCAGCUCCACCUACCGCUCCGGCGAGGCCACGCCGAGAGCCAUGGGCGGCGGCGGGGCCAACGACUACAUGGGCUCGGUGCCGUGCUACCCAGAGAGACCCGGCCAGCCGCGGCGGCGCAGCAGCAGCUUCGAUGCCAGCUUCACCCAGUCGGUCUCGUGGGGCAAGAACUCGCAGGGCUUCCCGACCGAGCUCGACUCGUCGACCACUUCGCAGUGGACGCCCUACUUCGGGACGGGCAGCCUGUCGCAGAAUGCCAGCCAGGCCGAGAUGCUCGCCAACCAGGCGAUGCCACCGCCAUCGCAGCCCUUUUCGCAGUCGCAGUCGCAGUCGCAGCCACAGCCACAGCAGCAGCAGCAGCAGCAGCAGCAGCAGCAGCAGCAGCAGAUUCUUCAGCAGCAGCAACAGCAGCUGCAACAGCAACAGCAACAACAGCAGCAGCAACGGCAGCACCAGAUGUCUUUUCGUCAGGCUGAUGCGCAGCCGCCACCAUCCAUGGCUCAGAAUCGACAAGGUCCGGGCGGUCGUCGCGAGCUGAGACGGGAACCCAGCGGCCUCACAGUGAGCCCUCAGCAGGCGUUCCUCGACUACGACGAUGUCGAGUCCGCGCUGGCCCAUUCCGGGCUGGGAAACAUGCCGAGCCUGUUUGCGCCUGUGCCGCCUGGGCUCGCCGAUGCGCUGGCGGGCCAUGCCAAGAGGGACACGAGCGGCGUCGCAGCCCAGCAGCAGCAGCAGAUUGCCGGCACCCGGACGCCCAAGACGAGCGCCUUUGAGGUGCAUGACUCGGCGGCAAAGACGCCGACCUCGACGCCCGGCAAGUCGACCCACAAGCCUGCGUCGGGCGACGCUCACACGCGCAUCCCCAUGAGCCGGACCGAGACGGCCAAGCAGCACCACUAUCCCAGACGGCCGGGCCACCACCCGCACCAGGUCGAGGGGCGAGGCAGCACCAGCCAGGAAUCUGGCUCGCAGAGCAGCAUCUUUAGCCCCAGCGAGAGCUUCGACACCACCAGCACCGACGACGACGAGGACGAGAGGCCCUACUACCCUCCCAACAUGCGGCCCAGCAUGAUCCGGGGCGGGCCUUCGAGCCUCUACCUCAACUAUCCGGCCAAGCCGCCGAGCGGCAGCCAGGGCUCGGCCAGCGGCUCGCAAGGACGGCGGUCGCAGAGCUUUUCCCGUUCCGGCUCGAGCUCUGACAGGACUCCCGGCGGCGGCGGCGGAGGAGGAGGAGCCUGGGGCCACGUCCGGGCCGAGCCUUGGGCGCACAAGCACCGGCAGAGUACGACUUCGAUCCCCCGCUUCGCCGACGUCUCUGCGUCGAGCAGCGACUCGGACGACGACCGGCGCAACCGAGCACACGCCAACGCCUUCGGCAGCGGCGGUGCCGGCGGUGGUGGUGCGUUGAAUGGCCGACCCAAGCCAAAGGAGCAGUCGUCGUCCGAGGACCUAGACGCGGACGGUGCGACGAUGGCGGGCAAGUCAAAGUACCGGACGACGGGCGGCAAGCCGUCGCGCAUGAUGAUGCCGGGCAUGAUGGGCGGCUACGGCUACAUUCCGGGAAGCCAAGACAGCGGGCUGAGCGUCGCGGCGGCGGGCAUCGGCGGUGCCAUGGCGCCUGGGCAGGCCUCGACGGCCGCGGCCGGACCGCGGGGCGGUGCAUCGGUCGACGAUGUCAGCAUGGGGGGCAGCCAGGACGACGGCAGCCAGAGCCCAUCGAUCCGCAGCUCUGCUCAGGUCAUCGGGGGGCAGCCCAAGAAGACUGUCUCGCCGCCGGUCGGCGCCGGUGGGGCGGCGGGCAAGUUUGGCACGUCCUCGGCUGGCACCGUCUCGACCGUCGCCGAUGCGCUCCGGCUGGUCCAAGAUGGGCCGAAGCGGAGCCCUGUCGAGGCCAAGGACGACAAGAUCGAGGCGUCGGGCGAGGAGGAAGACGACGAGGAGUGGGACGACCUCGAAGGAUCCGGGUACGAGGACCACGGCGGCGGCGCCGGCGCCAGCUCGUCGACCGCGACCAAAGUACCGCAGAAGCGGCGUCGCAAGACCAAGGCGACGAGCAGCGGCGGCGGCGGCGGCGGUGACGGCAAAAAGACGUCGGCAGUCGCGCGGAGCAGCGACUCGCCCACUGCGGGCGGCGCCGGUCGACCGACGGCGGGUACGACGGGCUCGACGCGGUGCGACUACCGCUCGCCGAUCACGGGCAGCGUGUGCCAGACGGCCUUCCACCGGCCGUACGACCUGGCGCGGCACCGCGAGACGAUCCACGCGCGCGAAGAGGCGAGCCUGGUGCGCGAGGGCAAGCUGACGAUGCAAGAUUGCAUCGUGCUGGGCAAGGAGGUCGAUCCGAAAAAGAGCAUGGCCGUCGUCGAGUGGAAGUGCAAGACGUGCAGCGCCAGCUUUUCGCGCAAGGACGCCAUGCUCCGCCACGAGCGCCUGCGGCACAGCGCCAAGUGA